AUGCCUUCUCUUUGGUUUUCACGACGUUCUUUCACCUCGGUCAUCCUCGCAAACUCGUCGAAGGAUGUUCGUUCAUGCCUAACUAAAACGGACAAGAGCACUACUGACUCGCGGGCACUCACGCUACAUCACCUCUACAGCAUGCUAGUAUAUCACAUGAUUUCUCUCUUAGAUUACCCUCUCGUUACAGCUUCCAUACUUAGAGAAAUAUACUCCCUGGCCAGCACAAUUGGGACUGUUUCAGCGAACGUUGUACUGUUUCGCUCCAUGGUGAAACGUUUUUCUACCAUCCCUGGGCGCUCGUCUCCUUACCAUUCAGCCAUAAUUGCGCAAGCGGAUUCCAAAUUUGGGUAUGAAGUUCUGACUGAUGAGGAUAUGUUCCUGGAUUUGGUUUCGACUGAGGUGGUGAAAUUCGACGGGGCUAUUUGUUCUUUCAAUGCUGUUGUUAUAAGGAGUAAGAUUUUGACUAUCUCUGACUCACUGGUGACGAUACUUCUCGCUUACAGUCGAGUCUAUGGAUGGAGGGAAAGUCUACAAACCCAGGUGAAAAGCAGACGAUCUAAACUCACCUCCACUAUAGGUACCAAAGAUGCUAGAGAUGCCAGAAUCAUCCGAAUUCAAUACUGGUAUAUCCCCUGGGGCCAUUGCACGCAUCCUCUAACAACUUCUCCUAAAGCACUCCGUGCCUGUGCUACGAGUAACUACGAAGCUACAGCCAACGCUAACGUCAUCAUCACCCGGGAAUCUACUGACGCCGGCAGAAUUUUCAUCUGGGCUCCCGCCCAAUCCAAAUACCUCAUCCUUUGGACGUGCACUCACAAGGAAAAUAGCUGUUAUAUCAUGACCUCCUACCCUCCGACUUUAGAGUCUUCUCCAUCGUUGAGAGAUUCCUUAACGGGUGGCGUGAUGGACGCUACCAUCGUGCUCGGCGAAUACUCAUCGAAGAAUCUAAAGCGACGUUCCCCUCUGGCCCCUGAGCUGCGGUCAAAUUAUAUUAGCAGUAGAGCGAUUUCCAAGAGAGAAGACCUGUCAGUUUUCAAGGGUAGCACGGCUGCCAGCAAGUGGUACUUGUUUAUUGAUAAUUAUACGAAUGGAAUGAGGUGGGACGUGGACGUUGGCAUGGUAAUACUGGUUAGAUUACGGCGGAGGAGGAGGUUUUGGAGGAGUGAACCUGGUUGGUACGGUGCGCUGAAGCUGCAGUCGUCGUGCUCGACCUGCUCAGUCUAA